CUUUUAACAGCUGUUCAACAAAUAGAGGAGAAGAAUUUGAGUCGUCUCUUACUGUAACAGCUUCACAAUGUCCAAUUUCAGCGACUUCUUACCUCUCAUUGUCUUACUGUCGAGUGUUUUGCUGACUGAACAGGCUUCAGAACCCAAUUGCACUGAGAUUGCCGACUUUGAUAAUUGCUUGGGUAAUACAGAAGGCUUCUGUCCAAAGGAUAUUGUUUGCGGGUGUAAAGACAACAAACCUUUUUGCAAAUGUCCUUACUUCCGAGGCCUCUGGGGAGAUUACUGGUACAUGGGUCACAAAUGUGAACAACUCUGGAAUACUUUGGACUUGAUUUUAAUAACUGUACUUCCUGCAGUAGCACUGGCUUUCCUAGUUGGUGUAAUAAUACAGUGUGUCUACUACUGUAAAAACAAGUCAAAUAAAAGUGUUAAAGGAGCUAGGAAACAGGCAAGACAAACACAACUUGAGUCACAGCAUAACCCUGUGUUUGUUCCUGAGCUGAGUGGUAACUCAAGAUAUGUUUCUCAACAGCAGUGGGCUACGGAUGACUGGACCACAGAGAAUAUUAAAAUGCCAAAAAUUCAACUGCAAAGCCAAAGUUUUGCGCAAUCACAGUCACCUGGUGAAGCAGAAGUUUACAGCUAUAUACCACAUCAGCCAUCAAGAAGACCAAUUCCAACAGCAGACAGUUCUUUCAGCCUCCAAUCUCCUCCACGUAGCCAGUUUGGCUAUCAGAACAGUCAUAUUCCUAAUGUGGAUUAUGAAGAGGACAACCCCAUUCCAGCUAUGUCUGGGAGGCAAUUUCCUAAAUCUGGCAUACCGGAGUUUUCUAGGUCUGACAGGUUUCAGAGUGUUGCUCAACCAAUGGACAAUCCAAACGCUGGAAGACCAGUAAGGCCUUACCAACUAGGACGCUCACAAAAAUAUAUAUAACUACAAGAAAGCUUUAUAAGAAAGGGAUCAUCUAUGGAAUAUUACUCAUUAUAAAACAAAAUUCAGGUUGUUUCUGAAAAUCUUAUUUUGUUUCUUGAUUGAUAUAGUCCUAAUUUUCUUUCUGAAAACUUGAUUAUGCAGUUGGAUAGCUGUUUCUAAGUAGUGCCCUAACUGUUGCAUAUCUGUCAAGACAAAAAGAUCUUUUGUGUUCAUUAAAUGCAUUUUGUGUAUGUGUGACAGGAAAGGCCACAUGCUCCCCUCCUACAGAAAAACUCAUGAGAAGGAAAAAGAUGCCUUUAGGUUAACCUAAAAAUCCAUGGGAAAUCCAACAUUAUUCCUUUGAGAGGAGGAUCUAGAGUCACAUGGAGGAGACAGGGGUCAUGGCGACCAAUCAGCCCAUUGUUCCAAGAGAAAUCCUGUCACUAGAUAGGGAGGUUGGAGCAGACACACAGUGGUCUGCAUCUCGGUGCUGCUUUCCAUCCCUCUCUUUCCUUUGUAAAGUUUGUUCCACAGCCAUGGUGUCAUGAGGUGCAUUUCUACUCCCUUAAGGGGGACUGAAGACAUUGAGCAGAAGUUAAUGCUACUGUGAUGGGCAUUAACUCCUAUAAGAUUUUGUUUUCUGAAAUUACACAGAUUCCUCAGGACAACAUGGCAUGUUGAAUGGCUGCUCCCAGACUCUCUCCACAUUCCUCAUUUCCCUUACAGCAAAAAACCUAAUUACAAUUUAGGAUUGUAAAUUAAACCUUUAAUUUUGUACAUACUGACUACUUACAGUACUGGAGGGCCAAAUUCUGUUCUUAGUUACCACAAUGCAACCCCAAUGACUUCGGUUAAUUUUGCAUGAGUGUAUGUGAGAGCAGAUUUGGCUAGAGAUUCCAAUAAAUGCAAGAUGAAGUUCCACCAAAAUUCUGUGUAAAAUCCGCACUUUGUUCCAGGUUUAUGGAUCCACUAUUCCUCUCCUGGUCUGUCACAAUGGGCAGAUGUUUCUAUAAUCCAACCACUGCUGCGAUUUUAGGGCCAUAUUCUUCUCUCCACCAACAUGAAGCUAUUAAUUUCAGAACCCCGGGCAGAGUUUUCCUCUACUCAAAAUCAGUGAUGUAAGAUCUCCAUAGAAAUUUGGGCAUAAGACAAGGAGAGGGUAGAGUUGGGGAACAUGUUAUGCUAUAGCCUCUACAGCAGGCCUGCACAACUGGUAAUGCGGCAAGGGCCGUAUUACUCCAAAGAAAACAGCUGCGGGCCGAACCCCCGCCAGCGCCACCAAGGCCUCCCAAAACAACACCUCCCCAGCACUGCCCAGCUCCCCUGAAAUACUCCCCCCGCCCAGCAACGCCUGCCCCACGGAAACAUACCCUCCUUCCCCAGCACUGCCCCAACAAAACAGCGGUAUUGAACCUUGGUAAUAUGUUAUAGCGGGCCCUUAAGGUAGUAUAAUUAAGGUAAAAGAAAAAUGUCUUUUUGCUAGAAGUACAAUAAGAUCUUCCCACAACUUUAUAAUCGAUUGCCCUAUUGAAUGAAUGAGGUGUGACUGAGGAAGGCGUGGAAGCCAGGCACCUCCAGACAGCUGCAACCCUUGGAGAGGGGAUGGGAACCAGACCUGAUCAGUAGAACAGGUCAGCC